CCAUAGCUAAGCCAUGACGAAACUACAGACCGUUUUCUUGCUUCUCGCGCUAACGGUGCUACAGCUGUCCGCCCAGGGUAGUGACACCACGUUCGGCAUCUUCCGCCAGAAGGAGUACUACUUUAGCAACUCUUUCAAGCUAAAUUGGUUCAAGGCAGUUGAGUACUGUCGAUCGCGUGGCAUGUUCCUGCUUUCGGUAAGGAAUGCCGAGGAACGGGCAUCUAUUAUCGAGUAUCUGGACAGUACGGGUUACACCAAAACGCACAAAACUCUCUACGCUUGGAUAUCCGCCAACGAUCUAGGUGAGGAAGGUGAAUUUCAUUGGGCUUCGACCGGGGAGCGUGUAAACUAUCCGAACUGGAGCGAUACGGAACCGAACGACUAUCGGAUAGAUGAUUGUACCGGGGAGGACUGUGCGAUCCUGGAGUAUUGGGCGGAGGGUGGUGCGAACUAUAAUUACACCUUUAACGAUCGUUCCUGUGCACGGGAAUUUCUGUUUAUCUGUGAAACACUGCCAGCAUGA